CUGAAAUCAAGCUCCUGUCUCGGAUUGGCGUACCCCAUAAUCCAUGAUAACUAUUGGUGAACAGCCGAACGCUGCUUGACCUGGUAUUCCUGUCUCGUGGCGAUGCCUGGGCCCCAACCUCCUCCAACCUUUGGCGGCGAUGACAAGGGCCCCGUCAUGAGAGAUCCCAGCGUAAGUGGGGAACUCAGGGUGUCGACCACCGCGUUAUACGAUGACCUCCUGGCGGACUGGAGUGUUCACGGCAUGCGACAGGGUACCUUCCCACGUUUUCUGCAGCGCCCUAUUCCUCAAGAAGUAUUCGCUCGCCUCAAUCCCUCGCGAAUUCCAAAGCAUCCCCUCGACAAAGCUAAGGCGGUGGCCAUUCAAGAUGCGGUGGAAGCUCUGUCGGCCUACAUAUGGUACUUUCGCGCCACGGAGGCUCACAGUGGCGCAGGAGUCAGUAUACUGCUGGAUCAUCUUCCUGACGUCUGGAAGUGGGUCAAAUUCUUGCUGCGAACGUCGGGGAAUCUUCAUCACACCCGGGACGAACGCCGCGACGUGCGCUAUGAAAACAAGGUCUAUCUGGACAGCGACGGCAACGUGCACAUGGGGAUGGCGACGUGCAACACUCUACUUGGCGAGAUCUUCGUCCACAUACUCCAGACUGAUGCGGGUCCUGCGGCAUGCUUUGCCCGCGCGGACUUUAUCGACAUCGUCUGCACAAUCCUCACCACCCCAUUCCGCACAUAUGCGCCCGGGAACUGGCCCAACUUUCCGGACGACCUCGCCAAGUCUCUCCUCAGCCUUCUGCAGUCCGCGAAAUACGGCUCGCGCGUACUGGCGAAGGUGAUGUCCUUCGACGAGCAGAAUGACUGCUGUCUGGCGCGCUCUCUGGUCGACCGCCUGGCGUGGUUCUUCGAGGACCGUCUCUCCGAGUCAGAACGCCACAUACGAACCUACAUCAGCCUCGCGGCCAUGCUCCUGCAGGCAUCCCCGGAGUGCAUGUCAAACUUCCGGCGUCGCGGCGGGAUCGCACUCAUCGUGUACUUCCUCGUGCAGGUGCGACCAGCCCCCAAGCUCAUGCAGCCAGCCGCCAACCUGCACGGCGCGCCCAAAUUCGGCAUGUCAGUCCUCCUCGACCUCGCCGCCUCGAUGGACACCGUGUCGCCCAUCGUAGAGGCCUUCGAUGCAGGCGUUCUCAGGAUCCUGGUUCAGCUAUGCUUAUUCGAGGACGAUACGACCGAGCUGGAGUUUCGCCAGCUGAGCACGAGGUACAUACAGACGGCCCUCGGCCCCGCGCUGCUGUGGCCUGAUGUCCUGCGCGCGUGCCGGAAGGCGAUCAAGGUAGGGCACUUCAUCGUGGACAUAGACGAUCGUCGGAUGGUCGACCGCGUGCCUGAGCUGCGUGCUUUCUUCGAGAGAUAUCGCGUCUGUCUCAAGGCUCUGACGGACCUUCGUGCGGAGACGAAGGCCUUGCAGCACUGUCAUAGAGCGGAGUGCCCCGGCUCGACCGAGCCCAUCCGCCACAUAUGCGCUUGCGGCGCGGUCUACUACUGCUCGAGGAUCUGCCAGAAGGCGGACUGGCGCGCACGACAUCGCAUCACCUGCACGCGUGGGAUAGAGGCUUCUGCCCCUCCUAGCGGCCCAUGGCGAUCGCUCUUGCACGGAGGACCCGCUGAGCCACCCGAAAUGGACCCCGCGCCAAUUUCCAUGUCCUACUUGGAGCGCAUGUUUAUCAAACGCUGCGUCAUGCAUCCCAAUAACCUGCCCGCGCUGCCGCAGCUCGACGGUGGCAUGGGUGGCGAGCGACUGUACAUCGUGGAUUGGACGGGUCGCGAAAUGAUGCCCUCCGUGAUAGAUGUGCUGGAAUCGGAAUCAUCGACAGAGGGAGUAAGAACGACGGCUCGUGUAUAUGCGCGCAUAAGGAAGGGGAGCGCUGUAGGAACGAUACAUGUGGGCACGCUAGACGACCGGAGCAGUUUAGAUGCGCGUUUGGGGGAUAUUACCUUGUAAGGAUGGGCAUCAAACCUGAUCAGGGGUCUCCUCCCAGAUCUAUCGACAGAUUGUCUACCUACACUACCCAAAACCAUUCUGUGACUGCCAUAAUCAAUGAUGUUGCUCUUCGGUUGGAGUUGUAGAUCCAUAUGAUUGAUGUCACGUGUAUGAGCUUGAUGCGUCGG